AUGUUCAAAGGAGAAUCUCAUAUGAGUGGCUACAAUAUUCUGGUUAUACUCUAUGUGACCUUUGGCGCCUUCUUCUAUGGCUAUGAUUCAGCCCUCACAACAUCCAUCUUCGGCUAUCCUCAAUUCAUCGAGUUCUUCAACCUUGACGCAGUUAAAUUGGGAGCUAUUGGCUCGUGCUACUAUGCUGGAUUGACAGUCGGCUGUAUCUGGAACUGGUGGUUUCCUAACAAGUAUGGAAGAUUGAACGACAUCAGAUUGGCAUGCGUCAUCAGCAUUAUUGCCGCGUCUAUACAGACCGGCGCACAAAGCUUCUCGAUGCUUCUCGCGGGCCGUGUGGUCGGAGGGCUGAGCUGUGGGAUAGUCUUCUCUAUCUGCCCCACCUAUGCAAGUGAAAUUGCUCCUCCAAGUCUCCGUGGUAGAGUGGGAGCAUUUUAUAAUUUGAUUUUGUCAUCCUCUUACGCAGUCACCGAGUGGAUGGGUCUCGGACUCUCUUAUGUGUCCGGCAAUGCAGCCUGGCAGAUCUUCAUAGGCCUGCAACUUAUUGCUCCGGUUCUCAUGCUUGUUGGGUCAUUCUUCCUACACGAGUCCCCGCGAUACCUCGUCCUGAAGGAUCGUCAUGACGAGGCGCUCCAGGUAUUGCAAAAGAUGCACGGAGGUGACACUGACGAUAAGACCUUCUAUCUUCGCGAAUUCCACCAGAUCAAGACUCAAUUGGCUCUGGAAAAGGAACAGCAGAUUUCCAUCAAAACUAUCUUCACCAAGAAAUCUUAUCGAUUCCGCUUCCUCCUCAUCACCAUUGUGGGAUCAAUGGCAAUGUUGACAGGAGUUAUCGCAUUACAGAACUACCAGUAUUUCAUCUACACCUCUCUCGGUAUUACUAACAAGACUGCGCUCGCCCUUGCUGGAGUCUGGGGAACUGUUCUACUACCAGCAAUCAUGAUUGGAGGCUACUUCUUCGACAAGAUUGGACGAAAGAACUCCGUCUAUGUGUCUCUAGCCAUCGUGAUGACCGCUUCAACGAUGCUAACUGUCUGUUGGGCAAGAUACUCGGCAUCCGGAAAUACCAACAAAGCUGCCGGCCACGCAGCCGUUUUCUCCAUGUUCCUCUUCAUCUUCGGAUACUCCUGGAUCAUGAACGCCAUGCAAUUCACCUAUCCUGCGGAAAUCUGUCCUGCAAAUAUUCGGCACAUUGGCUCAGCGUACGUACAGACCGUGGGAAAUAUCUGGAUCAUCAUCAUCGUGCAAGUGGCUCCUAUCGCAAUCGACGCCAUUGGUUGGAAAUUCUUCAUGAUCUUCUUGUUCUUUGAUCUCAUCAACCUAUUCCUCGUGAUUUUCUUAUUCCCAGAGACCAACCAAAAGACUUUGGAGGAAAUUGCUGCACUCUUUGGCGAUGAGAUCACCGAGACUAUCGACGAAGCUGGCAAGCACCUUGACGAUCUCAAGGAAUUUACUGUGGCGGCUGAGGAGCUUGGCAAUCGCGGUAAUAUCACAGAAAUUGUGGAAGACAAUGUAAAGAGUGUUGGCCCGGUCAACAUUGAUCAUGUGGAGAAAGUUUGA